AUGGGAGGAGAAGAAUGCCCAAACAAAUUUGAAGCCACGAUUUUGUACAGAACCUACUUCGUGAAGGACGACUUGCGAGAGGAUAUCUUUUUCCCUCUACUAGAUGCAGCUCACUUUAUCGAAGAAAUGCUAAGGAGUGAUGAAGGAAAUAAAAUACUUGUACAUUGCAACAAGGGAGUCUGCAGAUCCGUCAUUGUCGUUAUAUUUUUUCUCAUGACCCAUUUGGGGUUAUCUUUUGGCGAUGCGUUCGACCUGGUGAAGAGACGGCGUCCUCUGUCCAACCCCAAUUUGAGCUUCGUCUCGCAGUUGUUGCGCCUGUUUGGGUUACGCACGCGACUGAGAAGCGGCGGCAGGGAAGGAACGGCUCGGGCGGGAAGCACCACGGAAGCGGCUAUGGAGGGCAGCACCACGGAAGCGCCUCGGGCGGGCAGCACCACGGAGGCGGCUCUGGAGGGAAGCACUGCGGAAGCGGCUCUAGCGGGAAGCACCACGGAAGCGGCUCGGGUGGACCCCCCCCAACGUCUCCCCCCCCCCGGGGAAGUCACGCUCAUUUUCCGAAUCGAUGGGGCAGCAGGUAAGGCACUCACCCUGACCAACCUGAUGAGCCUCUCCGCAGACGCGGACGCCUGCACCAACGCUGACAGUGCCAGUACAAACCCCACAGAGAUAGACCAGCGAUUUAACUACGUGUUGACAAAGGACCUUCGCGCAUUCUACUUGCUGCUGCUUGACCCUACCUUCGAAGACCUAUGCACCCCCCUGCUUGAACGCUUUGCGCGGAUAUGUCGAGCCUUUUUUCAUGGUGGCCCUGCCGACUCGACCGACUCGACCGACUUGACCAACUCGACCGACUUGACCCAAACUGUUGUUCGCGCCGACGUCGGCGAGCUCAUGCAACGACUUCGAUUGGACACACAACUGUUUAGCCGCCUCCCCUGCAACGACGGGGCGUACCGAAGGCUGCAGGAGGCGCUGCAGGGGGGUGAGCAGUAG